AUGAAAAAAUUCAGUGUGGAGAAGCCCUAUCAGUGUAAUCAGUGUGAAAAAACCUUUCACCAGAAGUCAACUCUUAGCAGGCAUAAGAUAGUUCAUACUGGAGAAAAGCCCUAUAAGUGCAGUCAAGGUGGUAAAACCUUUGCAUGGAAGUCAUACCUCAUCAUGCAUCAGAUGAUUCACACUGAGAAGCCCUAUAAACAUGAGAUAAUUCACAUUGGGGAAAGGCCCUAUCAAUGUAAUCAGUGUGGAAAAACCUUUAUCAGGAAAUCAAACCUCAUCUACCAUGAGAGAAUUCACACUGUGGAGAAGCUCUAUCAGUACAGUCAGUGUGGAAAAUCCUUUCACCUGAAGUCAGUCCUCAUUGGACAUGAGAUGAUUCACACUGGGUAG